CAGUGACUGCUGCAAAGGAAGAAAGCGUUGCGAAGCUAGCGGAGGCGGAGCGGCGAAGCCGUGCACAGCGCAGUUAUCGGGGGCGUCAAACGCCCAAGGGGGACAAUGGGGGAUAGUCAGGGGAUCAACUUUAAGACCGUUCUCAGCCUGCAACGAGAAGGAAACAGUGAGGUGCACUACAAGAGUGAUGGAACAAGGUUUGGAUCUGAGAGCACCAUAAAGCUAAAUGUUGAGACACCAUACCUCCUGACAGUAUGUUUCCGGCCAGCUCAGCUUUUAGAUAACAUAACCCUGCUGGGUACCCGUUACACACCCAAAGAGAAAUCGAGAGACCAUUCAUCUUCAACGUACUGCAUCUCAUGGUCAAGCCUUGGAGUACCUGUGACCAAGCACGGAAAGCGUGACAAGAUUCCUCUGGUUCUUGAGAUCCGAAACAUUGGCGAGCUGUUGGUCAACCUGCAAGCCAAGUUCUACAAGCAAGAGGACACAGAGCAUGCAACGUGGGGAACUGCUUUACAUUUCAUUGACCUGGACUGCAUAGUCAGCGCAUCGUCAGGAAACGUCAUCAUCAACAAGGAAAGCUUCCGAUAGCGGAACUUGUUGCUCGUCGACAAUACGUAUACUUUCAUCCAUUGCUGCUCAUCUGGGCAGGUGUUUGUGACAGCCAGCCAGUCAUGUCAUUCUUUUAUCUCUGCCAUAUCUCUUUUGAAUUUUUUUUUUAAAGUCCAAUCAAAACAACUUUCUCACAUAUGUCCUUUAGGGUUGGGAUUGGGAAAGUUAAUUGUGCGAUGAAAUCGAUGUUAAUCGUGAAGACCUGCAGGAUGUGAACUUUCUCUAAUGGUACAAUGUUUUUUUUUUUUUUAGCCGACUCUCUUGACAUGUUGUUUUGCUUGUGGGUACGUUUCCGGUUCGACUUAUUUAAAAUGUACUGAGGUGCCUCUGUAUUUGCACUGCCAUUCAAACACUUAAAAGGAGGUUGGUGUCCUCCAAAAUGCAUGAAUGGUGCAAUUUUUGUUGCACAUUUUGUCCAAGAUAACAUUUUAAGUGUAUAUUUCUUCACGGAUCGUUUAGCUUUUAACUUGCCAUUUUUAAAUUUUUAGCGCACCUGUUAUGGAUUUUAUCUUGGGUGGUAGUGACAAGCACAGUGACAUGGCAGUGAUGUUGCUAUGCAAGAUGAUUUUUCAUGUACGUUAACCCAUGUUUACCUUACUUACUAGUCACCACAUAUGAAGGCAACUUAAUUGAUUAAUAUAUUGUUUGACCAAGAGGCUUGCACAGUUUACAGCCACUGAUGCUUACAGCAGAGGAGUUCCUAGGAGCUGUAGGUCCCAGUAUUAAUUCCACAUCUCGUAACAUUGUCCUAGUUUUGAUAGUAUGUCUAUUUUUAAUUUAGCGUCUACUGUAUUUACUGUUAUGCAAGAUGGUCCAUUUGUUGCAGUUUGCUCGAUGCCCUUUGAUUACAUCUAGACCUGCAAGGUACUGAAGCCAGUCAUGGCAGACUCGACUAAAAAGUGCACAUUUUACCUCAUUUGAACCUCGUUUUACCUCAUGUAUCAGUCUAGUCUCAUGUAGGCCACAUGACAUGUUCUGAGUUGGGUUAUUUUGUGCCAAAUUAUUUACAAGAUUAAUUAUUUACUGAUUUUAUGAGUAGUGUGGUCUGUCUCUUCUUUUUUUUCCCCUUGUUUCGCAUAGAUGUAUGUUUCUCAUGAUGUGCAUGCACUCCAUAACACAUGCAAAGAUUUGGCAGCUAUAAAUACUGUUUGUUAAAUCUCAUCUUAAGAUUCUCUCAUCCAAAUUUUUCGUUGUUGGAUCGAAUGCCACAUUAAUCUACGAAGGACCUACUGAAUCUGCAUGUACGGAUAAAGCCGGUUUCCGAUAGCUUCGAGCCAUUUUUAAUAAUUGGAAUGUACAUUUAUUCUCUCUAGAAAGCUUUUUUUUCUUGUAUGAUAGUGUUGUCAAUUGAGCCUCUAUAAUUGAUGGAAAUUGGCGGGGUAACUUUGUUUCAUGGAAAUGUCUUUGGGCUUGACAUCGUAUCUGUGAUAGUAUCACCCCGUUUUUGUAAUCAGCCAUUUACAAUGCUUAGAUACUGGUAUACAAAAAUUGAUAAUGUACCUGUACAGGAUGUUGACGUUUACAAGUUUAGCAUAGUUUGGACUCUGUGUAUGACAUAUAUAAACAUCGAAACUGAUAGUGAGCGUGGAUCGUGUUGGGAAUGGAAUAAUGCACGCGUGGGUUUUGUUGUUACUGUGAUUGAAGCCAGUGCACAGAAUCUAUUAAUCAUGUUUUAAUGUAAUCUGGAUCCAAGGUUUUACUGUCAUCUGCUCCUUGGGUUUGGACCAAGUUUUAUCUGAUCUGAUCUGAUUUACUUAGCACAUUCACUCUGUAGUUGCAAUCAAGGAAUUAGUUGUCUGGUUAAUCAUUGCUUUAGUCCUUUUAGUCCUUUUAGUUUUAUCAGCCUGUUCAUGAAGCAAUACAAGUUAUAGAUGUUGUUAACUUUGGAUUGCAUAAUAAAUAUUAAUGUCUAGCUUUA